GAUCAACACUUGCUUGCUUUUUGGCCAUUGUUGUUUGAGAAUUUAUAUACGCACCUCUAGAACACCAUGGUCGCCGCCAAAAGGAAGAAGGGAAGCGCAACAGAAAUUGACGCUGCUGGAGUGCGGGAGCUGGCCAAGGAAUGUCUGGAGACCAAGGGAAAACUCAAUAAUAUCGUGACACUCCUGGAGCUGUGUGAGAGUGAGACCGAGGAAAUAGCGUACGCCUCGUUUGUUUCCAUUGGACACGUAUAUGCGACACUGCUGGAACGUGGAGAUUUCAAAAAGAGGAGAGCUGCUAGGGAUGUGGAAGAGCAGGAUGAUGUCAGCACAACAGUCGCGAAAUGGCUACGAGAGAAUCGGUCUGUUUAUGUUCAGUUAGCAUUUAGCUACCUGUCACAUCCGGAGCCUGCGAUGCAGGUGGCGGCUCUUGAAUCACUGAUGAGCGUUGUCAAGGAUGAGAGUUACCAGUUAAAGGAGUUUCACAACGCGCUCUAUCAGCAAGUUGUCGAGAAAUGCGUCGCAAAUGAUAACAUGAGCGAGCAUCUUUUGGAGAAUUUAACUGAGACUAUCAAUACCUACGAUGAUGUGCGAUACUACUUCUAUAAAGAUUUUGGCAAGAUUUUGGGUAGUACGCUGGAUAAUCGAAAUGGCAUAGACAGUAAAAUGAAGACUACUUCAAAGCGUCGAAAACGUUCGUUUGCUACAGACAAACUUCCCGCCGUUAUAACUACUGGAUUCAAUAUUCUUUCACGGAUACGGGACCCGGUGGAGGAGAGCGAAUUGGGUACAUAUCUAUAUGAGUCCGACUCAUCCCGUGAAAAGAAGCCAGUCGUUGCAUCUGCCAAAGAGCACAAACGAGUGUUUAGUGAAUGUUGGCUUGCAUUUCUGAGACAGUCUAUGUCAGCCGACAUGCAUAAGCGAGUCUUACUGGCGAUGCACAAGAAGAUUAUCCCAUUCUUAUCGAAGCCAACGCUAUUGAUUGAUUUUCUGGUGGAUUCAUAUGACCAUGGGGGAGCCGUGAGUAUCCUUGCUCUCAACGGACUCUUUACGUUGGUCACGGAACACAAUCUCGAUUAUCCCGACUUCUAUACCAAGCUUUACGCCCUUUUCGACAAAAACCUUCUUCAUGUCAAAUACCGUUCACGUUUCCUCCGAUUGGUUGAUCUAUUCCUCUCCUCCAGUCAACUGCCAUCGUAUCUAGUCGCAGCUUUCAUUAAAAAGAUGUUACGCCUGGCUCUAAAUGCUCCACCAGCAGCUAUUGUGACCAUUAUUCCUUUUGUGUACAAUCUGCUCAAAAGACACCCUGCUUGCUUGUGUUUGAUUCACCGGGAACAGUCCCCAGAACAAGUUGGAAAAGAGGCCGAAGAUCCCUAUCUCGUUGAUGAACCAAAUCCGGCUCUUUGCAAGGCAUUGGAGAGUUCAUUGUGGGAAUUGCAGACUUUGAAGAGUCAUUAUCUGCACACGAUAUCGGGAUUGGUCCGUGUGUUCGAAGAACCCAUUGCGAAACAGCCAUCUUAUGAUCUGGAGGAUUUCCUGGACCAUUCAUACGCUACGCUCUUCGAAAGUGAAGUAAAGAAAAAAACUGUAGCAGCUUCGCCAGCGUUGGCGACACAUACCGAGAUUGUUGGCAUUUUUGAGCCAGUCGGAAGGCAGAUUUCGGAUUUUGCGUGCUUUGAACUGUAAAUUAUGUAGAUCUUGUUUGUAGCCAUAACUUGUCACUUUAAGUAGGGCAAAUAGAACGGAAGUCCCAGAGCAUCCGGCUCUGUCGCAGUACACAUUAUUUCCGGAGUUUGGGGGCGAAAGAAAGGGGAAAAUCGAAGUCAAGGGUAUACGAAUGCAACAGGCAAUUUAGCAAUGGAAACAAAAGAUUGGCUGAAUCCAAAAAGUAUCAAUCAAUUAUAAUACAAAAGAAACCAGGUACUCCA